AUGUCUGAAAUCCAGGCCCGCAAGCGUAGGCGCAGCCUUCGAGAGGAUUCUGUAGAUGUCUCGAAGAUAAGGCAAAUAGUGGGCUUCGUCAACGCUCUACAGGAAGAGUACGCAGACAUCGAUGAAACCGAGGUCGACUUGGCGAAGAUGAUGGAACAUAUGGAAAAAAUGUAUAGCAUGAUGAAAAAAUUUAAAAAAAUUAAGGUUUCGUUCUCAAACGCCUCGGCGGGCGACCUCCAAAAUUUAGGGGUGAACGGCAAGGUUGAACGGUUUGCACAACGGCGAGCAAAGAAGUUUGAUGAGGAGCUCAAAGACCUUCGCUCUCGAGUGCAAGAAAUUUACUCGCACGUCAACAUGACGUACGAGGCUAGCGCUCGGAUGGUGCUUGACGCAAUUCUCCUUUCACUGGGGAAAAUCACCCAGAAGAACACUCCAAAUAAAGCUCUGGCCAUCAUCCCGGAAAUGAAACAACCCGAUGCAUUGUUCACGCAUCAAACCCAUCAGGUUAUAUUCGGUGGAAGUAUAGACUACGGCAUCAUUGAAUAUACGAAAGAUGCAAACAACGAUAAUUUUGAAUUUCUCAUUGGUGCCAGCGCGACUCCUGAGUCCAUUCUCCGCUUUGCAAGAGAACACUUCAUUCUCGUCGAAGCCAAGCGCGAGGUAGUUGUCAGGCUGGUGGAGUCCAUUCCAGAGGCUGUCACGCAAGCGAUGACAGUUUCAGCAAAUGCAAAGUCAGUAUCUGUAUUCUCAAAGUGUGCUCUGACUGAUGUCCGCUGGUCUGCACCAACAGUCUGGAUGCCGUCCGCUUUUGCCUCUCCAAUGGGACCCAAUUUCUCUUCUUGA